AAUUCAUCUCUCGCUUCAACACUCACUUGUCACUCGGAAUGGGCAAUGCUACCCCGCCCUCUCCUCUUCACCCGGCCCUCCGUGCGCCCUCAAUGGACAUGUCAACCCUGUCUGCAGCGCCUGUUUGUUUCGCAACAACCUCAAGUCGCCCAAGCACGCUUGUUCCACGCGACAGCGCCGCGUCUCUCCGAUAGCGCUCCGAACCACUACGAGACACUUCAAGUCGCACCCACCGCCGACGCAAAGGAAAUCAAGAAACAGUUCUAUGCGCUAUCUAAGAAGAACCACCCGGACCACAAUAAAGACGACCCCACAGCGUCGACGCGCUUCGUCGCCAUAAGCGAGGCCUAUCACACGCUCUCUGUGCCUGAGAAGCGCGAGCAGUAUGACGCGCAACUGCAUCAAGCCGAGCGGCGGUCAGGAUGGGGAAGAAGUGGUGGAGGCGGUCAUCCCCCAGGGAGCUAUAGUUCGGCGAGUUACGCUGGGUCAAGGCCGGCGACGGGGUUGAACAAGAAGAGAGGCACGUUCCGCGGGCCGCCUCCUAGUUUCUACAAUAGUGGUGGAUAUGGACGACAUGGCGCGAAGAGAGCAGAGCAUGCGCACCAUAACCCGAAUGCUGAGGGUAAGGAGGCAGGUCCUGAGAGCUAUGGAGAAGAGGGAGGAUACGGGCCAGGACAGCAGCGUCAGGGACAAGGAGUUCCACAUUUUGACGAUGUGCGACACAAGCAGGUCCACGAGCAGGUCCACAAGCACAUACAGAAGGGGAGACGGCGGUCGAGGCUCUACCGCAGGGACGAAGAGUACGCAAGAGGGGGAGACCAUUUGACUAGGUUCCUGAUCGUUUCAGGCAUUGUAGCUGUUAUAGGGGCGACUGUAAAGAUAUUUGAAGACAAGGGGAACAUCGGCCAGCGGAAAGCUAUCACAUAGACUUUGUCGCAAGACCAACGAAAUGUCAAGACGAACUUU